AUGACUAAAGAAGUUGGUAUGCUAGAUGUCGGCACACACUGUUCGUUUUGUCGACAGACUGAUUUCCUACCGUUCCAUUGUUCUGCUUGCAACGGUGAUUUUUGUGCCAACCAUAGAUUGAAGGAAGAUCAUCACUGUGAAUCACUGAAGAUAGGUAAGAAUAGCCGCAGCAGUGUCACAGUUAGUAUUCCUGCUGCUGCUGCUGCUGCUGUCACUCCGAAGAAGGACAAUGGUGGUAGCUUCUUUCAAUCUUUGUUACCUGCCAGAGCACCAGAUCGGAUAAAGACCAUGAUGCAAGAGGAUAACUCGAAACCACCGGUAGAUAACCUAAAAUCGAAGCUUUUCAACAGUAAAACCUCCAGUUCUCGUGUAGCUAUCGAUAAACUACGGCAUUUUUUCGCCAAGAACGGUAAAUUAUUCGAGAGUAAGAAAUCUACUACCAAAUUUUCUUCUGCCAAUAAGCUAAUACAAGUCACUAAGAUGAAGCGCACUGCAAAGGGAGAUGAUUCUAUCCCUGUCGCAAAUAGAAUAUACGCAUGGUGUUACGUGGUGGCGGACUCUUCGGAUAAGAAACCCAUCGCGAAUGAAGUGUUCAUAAAUAAGAUGUGGCCAAUUGGAAGAGCUUUGGAUUCCUUGGCAUCUGUGCUAAACGUGAAAAAUUCAAACAUCGACCAUUCGAUAUCAACAGAUGAGAAGUUAUUUUUGUACAAAGGUGAUGCUUCUACUCAGCAUCUAUUACCCUCGAGUGCGCGAGUCAAUGCCACCAUCCAGGAAGGUGAUACUUUAUAUUUGGUAAGAGGGUUAGGUCGAUGA